AAUGUUUAACUUUAUGAAUUCACGGAUGGAUGAAUUCAUUGAGGAGAAGAGAGACAUCAAAUUAAUAUUGGAUGAAUCGUUGCUGUUGUAAGAUCUUUCGAUGCCUUAAUAACAAUACAAAUUGCUUAAUUAGUAAUCAUGGACAUGAUUCAUAGCGUCAAGGACCAUCCAGAGCAUUUAGAGACACUCAUUGAAUACAUUAUUGAAGUUGGAGAUGAAACUAAUUAUUAAAGAAUAUAAUAUAAGUAUGAGUUUAUUCAAGAAUAAACUAGAUAUCCCUUUUUAGCAAGUGAGAUCUUGAGUAAAGAAAAUGAUUUCUUUUAAGAUUUCCUUUUUGAAGAGCAUAAUCUCCAUCAUUUGAAUAGACUAUUUUCAUUACUAAAUGAGGAUAUUCUCAACAUAACAUAAGCAGGUUACUUCUCUAAAGUUAUCCUCACUUUAUUAAGAAAGAAACAUUUCAAAGUAUUGCAUUCAAUAUAAAUUAAGAUGUUGUAAUAUUUAAAUGAAAAAGAUAUCUCUAAUCUACUUAAACAUAUUGACAUACCCCAUAUUGCAGAAAUAAUUGAAAAAAUUAUCAUACCAGAUCCCAAUGAUGAAAAUCAGUUACUUGAAAAACAGAAAUCCAUAUUACUGAGAGUUAUGAAGAUCUCAUAGCAUCGCUAUUAUGAAACAGAGGUACAUAUAUAUAUUUAUUAAUUAUAAUAGGUUUUUGAAAAUUGCUUACUUAUUAUCAAUAAUGUAAUAAAAAGUUAAAUCAAUCCAGAUUAAGAAGAAUUAAUUAAAUGUCUAUUGAAUCCAUAUUACUUUCUCACCAUUUGUGUAAAUAUAAAUUUAUUAUUAUUAUAGUACUAAAGUCAGAGAACUGCAGCCUAUGAAUUAGUAUCCAAUCUAUUGUAAUAUAUUAAUAAUUCAGGCAAAACAGAUUACUUUCUAUACUUUAUGGAUGUAGCUAAACAUCUCCCUAAUGCAUUUACCAAUUCUAAUUUAUAUGCUAUACCUCAUCUAACUACUUAUGGUUAAAUUAUCACUCCAUUAUCCUCUAAUAAACUCACAUUACUUUAAAUCUUUUAUUUACUAUUACUAAGUGAGAAAGAAGAGAUAUUAAAUGAAUUGAUAAAUAAUCAAUCCUUUUAAGUUAUUACAAAUGUAAUAUUAACACAUGAAUUCAAUAAUCAAGCACUAAUUUGGUUUGAUAAGAUAGUUAUCUUUAUAUUUUAGAAACUACCUUAGAUGUAUAAAUCAAUAUCAGACUACUUGGCCUAAAUCAUUAUUCAAUAUAAUAAAAAUGAGAAAAAAGAAGUUGGAUCUCUUAUGAAUACUAUUAAACCAGGAUAUUAAGGAAUAUUAACAAAAGUAUCUAAUUUAUUAGUGGAUAAUCAUUACACAAGUUAAGUUUGGGAUCAAUAUGUUAAUGAUACUCUUAAUAAAAUUAAUUCAGUAGAAAAAUCAUUAUUAUGUGGCGUUGAUCCAAAACCAAGAUAGAUGCCAUAAUUUAUAUAGGAAUCAAUUACAAUUGAAUAACCAAAAGAAAAUGAUGAUAAAGAAGAAGAAGUAGAAGAAGAAGAUAUCCCUGAAGAUGAUAAUAAUAAAGAAAAUGAAAUUGAUGGAUAAGAAUAAGAAGAAUAAGAAGAAUAAGAAGAAAAAUUCUAUGAUUGCAAUGAGGAAGGACGAUUAUAACAAUUAGAAGAAUUAAAAUAGAUCCAAUUAAAAGAAAACAAAAUAGAUAAUUUAGAAUCUAAGUAUAUUAUUCUAUUUAAUUAUAAGACAUAAAUCAAGUGCAGAAGAAUAAGAAUUAAUAGAUGAAUAAAUAGAAGAAAUCAUUUCUGAUCCACAAACAAAACCAGAAUAAGGUAUUUCAUAAUUCUAAGGAAUAGUUGCAUAAAUUAUUUAAAAUGAAGAAGUUCUUAUUGAUGACAUUGGUCCAUUAGAAUUAGAAAAUAAACAAGAUCAUCAAGUCAAUGAAUAUUAUAAAAAACAUGAUGAUCCUAAAAAUGAAGAAUGA